GCGCCGAGCAGGCAGCAGCUAACGGCUAGUCACAGCACACACAUUUCCCUCUUCCAUGUGAGACAAACGGCGCCGUCUACCUUCCAGGCGAAAGAAAAAUAUGCUUUUCGGACGCCUGGCGUGUCAGCGCAGCGGCGUUUGAGGCACCACGGUCACCCGGCUCUCAUUUUGGAGGAUUCCUCCCUCCAUCCUCCGGAUCGCACCAGACAGGCAAUGACAACGGUCUCGGCAACCCCGCAGCAGAUGAGGGACCGGCUGCUGCAGGCCAUCGACAGUCAAAGCAAUAUAUGCAAUAUGGUUGUUGUAUUGGAGGUAAUUUCCUGUCUCGAAAAGUAUCCCAUCACCAAAGAAGCACUUGAGGAAACUCGGCUAGGGAAGUUGAUCAAUGACGUAAGGAAGAAGACCAAGGAUGAAGACCUUGCAAAACGUGCUAAGAAACUCUUGAGAAACUGGCAAAAGCUUAUUGAACCUGGGCCAGCCGUGGCCGCAAGUGCUCCUGGGUCUACAAAUGGCAGUUCCCAUCCCUGCAGAACAGACGCACCUCCCCCUGACAUUUCAGUGUCAGGGAAGGGUGUCACCGAAGUCAAAAUCAGAAAUGAUGUUCACAAUACGUACUCGCCAAAAGCUGAAAAAUCGAGCAGUCGCAAACGCCGGGCAGAGAACAGAGAUAGUGGAGUGCACUUACCAGAAAAAAUCUCCAAGAUGUCUUCUUACGAUAACUCUGUGUCACCGCUGCCCGUCAAUGGAAUUUCUGGCAGUCCAGAUGUCCUGCCUGACCAGGAGGUUGUCCCGUCUCCUGACAGAUCUCGGACAGAGCACCUUGAUAAUGAUAAAAUCAACAGAAUUCCAGUGAAUGCUGUCAAGCCUCGCCCCAGCUCCCCUGGAGUGGCCAAACUACCUAGCACUUCAUCAUUGAUCAAGGUAGCUGUAAUGCAACAACAGGCCAGAUUAGAUGAAGGAGGAGGAGGGGGAUAUUAUCAAGCCAAAAGUCCUCGUGGCCUCACAACAAGUCCAAGGAGCAUGAAGCAUGACACGGUGACCAAACGCUCCACAGUUUAUGUACCAAAAGGGACACCAGUCCCAAGCCCUUCCUCUAGGGACUCUCCUUUGUCUUUGUCUCAGCCUAUGUCCUCCCCAGCCCAAGCAUCUUAUGCUGACAAGCUGCCACAUUCUUCUCAUAGGUCCUCAAUGCACUGGGCCAGUUUGUCAGAUGUCCCCUCUCACUGCUCACCACAAGACGUCUCUGCAACACUGGAAUCGCCAUCAGCCUCCCCUUCAACCUCUCUCCCCCAACAGAACUCAGAACUACACAGACCGACACCUGAGGGAGGCGUGGCUUUGUCUGAUGACACAGACGGGUCAACGCCCCCUAACUCAGAACAUAAAAAGAGGAAGUACAGGUCAAGAGACUACGCUGUCAACUUGGAUGGCCAGAAAACAGAAGAUGUGACAAAACCUGUACGGUUAAAAGAACGCAGACUAACCUUUGACCCGGUCACUGGUCAGAUCAAACCUCUGGUACAUAAAGACCCUUCUCAAACAGAGGAAGCACCUACCCCUGAGCCUUUUGAGUCUAGGCAGAGAACUGAAAGCACUGUCCAACAGCCCGCUGCCCCUGCCCCUGCCCCUGCCCCUGUCCCUGUCCCUGCUCCUGCCCCAGUCCCAGUCCCAGCCCCAGGCUCCGGUUCAAACCCUUUCCAUCAGACAAACUGGAAGGAGCUGUCUAGAAAUGAAAUAAUCCAAUCCUACUUGAACCUACAGAGCAAUGUGCUCACCUCCUCUGGGGUCCAGGCCCCCAGUGCACACUUUUUCAUGUCUGAGUAUUUGAAAAGGGAAGAACAGCAGUCUAAGGAGUUGAGGAAGAUGCAUGUUUUGCAGGCAGAUAUCUCAGUAGGGGAUUUACCAGGUGUGAGCCGGGAGUUGACGAAUGAUGACCUGAACAGGAUACACACACAGCACUGGCAAGGGGUGAAUGGUUGUUAUGAUACCAAUGGCACCUGGUUUGAUUGGACGGAGUGCAUAUCAUUGGACCCUCAUGGGGAUGAAAGCAAAUUAAAUAUCCUGCCAUACGUUUGCCUAGACUGAGAGGUUUUGGACAGUUGAGACUUUUUCCCACUCCUCUCAGUGUCUCUUUAUGGAGGCAAGAUACAUUGUGAUUUUGUUUGUCCACUGUGAGUUUGGCAAAAGCCAGGUCUGCUAAACUCCCCCCAAGCCUUUUCAUCUUUCUGUGAUGACGUGUUGAGAUUUUGGUAUAAAGCGUAAGGAUUUAAAGAAUAGUUGAGUUUCUAAAACCAAGGGCUGUUUCUGUUUUUAUUUUUUGAACUGAAAGCCACAGGAAGGUUGAGGCCCAAGCUUCAGAGUGCUGGUACUAACGCAGAAGGCUAAAAGGAAGGACAGAUUUAUUCCAGAUGACAAGAAAUGUCAUAAUGUACACUUCUGAUGUUUCUGAUAACACUGCCCUUCUAAUGAGGCAUUUCAAUAACUUUGAGGGAAGGCUGGGGUUUAGCUGUCCUGUUCAGACUGCCAUGUUGGUGCCCAGAGAAGGUGUUGAUAGAGUAAAUUGAGCACAGGUAGAGCUGAACAUGUCCAGGGUAUGAAAUACUGGUGCAUAUUUGGCAGUUACAAGAAGCUUUAUGUAAGAUGUAAAGAAUAAAUUAUAAAUACAUGUAUACAUCUAUUUAUUUUUGACCUGUUCAUCAAAAUUUCAAUAACCCUUUUAGAUUUCUUUUCCCUUCUGUCUGCAUCAAAAUGUUGUCAGCCUCACCCUUAAUGUGAGCCUAAGGUCUACAAAUAUUUUGCCUGGUAUUUCUUUAAGACUGAUCCAUGCAGCGUUCUACAAUUCACCUGUUCAUCCUGUUUCAUCAGCCAGCUCUUAUAUCUCAACUGAAAAGAAAUUUGGUCUGAAAUACUGUUUAGUUUCUAAUGGUUUCAUUAAAUUGUGGUUCUUCAAAAUUUCAACUUUACUACCAUGAGAACUUUCCACCCACUGAUUUUCACUUAAGUCUACAAUAUUACAGAAUGUCAAAUCAGAUGGUGCUGAUCAAAACUUGCAUCCAAGCGAAAAAAGUAAGGAAAUUUCUGAAUGCUGGAGCUGACUUUGUUUCCAUUCCUUUAGAUGCUGUUUGUCCUCUGAAAUUCCCUCACAAUAUUUUUCUAAGUUAAACAGCCUUAGUGAAUGUAUGGGAUUGAGACCUCUUAUGCACUGCUACAUAAGUUGACAACUUCCUCAUUUCAUCGCUGGCUUGAUGGACGUGUGAGUCGUGGCUGACACAACCACAAGUUACUGUUAUGUUGCCAUGGUUAAUUAGACGCAUCAAAGUUUUUUUCAACUGUUUUUCAAGAGUUUGGAAAACUUUAACGGUGUUAAAGCAGUUGUUUGAGGUAGCAGUUCUUUUGCUUCUGUGCAUUUAAAACGGAUAAAGAGAGAAACCCAUGUGCAUCAGAAAAUCUUGUCAUUAUCCAUGUGACAACUAAUGCUUCAUUUUGAUUUCCCUUUAUACUCAUCAGUCACUACCACCUUUUCUCACAUGAUUUGAGUUAUGAUUGGCUUUUGUGCUGCCUCUCUUUUCAUUCUUUCAGUCACUCAUCCCCUACCAAUGUGCCUUGGUAAAUGGUUAAUCUGGAUUUGCUUCCGCAGUAAACACGCCUGUCUGUGGAGCUGGGUUUAUGUGCGAGAACUCAAAUCCCAUGAUCAGUAUGAUGCUGGUAUAUGCACCGUUUCUGUAAAAUUUUUGUACACAUUGGUCUAGCAAGGGUGACGCUGCAGACAAUGAAAAACUGCACAACACAGCUGGCAAUAAAGGAAAAGUGCUACAACUGGUUGACAAGAAUCUGUUUUCUGGAGUUUCGACUGGGACCUCUUUAUUUGUUCAAUGUUUAACAUCUCUCAAUUGUUUGAAAAAUAAAAUAACUUAAACCCAAAGUUCA